AUGGCUGACCAGAUCGAAAGGGCCUAUCAAAAGCAACAUUUGUUCCAAAAUACCAAAAUCAAAGGCGGAAAGAAGGUAGUAACGAAGGAGAAGCGGUGGCACAAGGAUGUUGGCUUAGGCUUCAAGACCCCACUUGAAGCUAUUAACGGUACUUACAUCGACAAGAAGUGCCCUUUCACUAGCGACGUAUCGAUUCGCGGGCGUAUCCUGACUGGUAAGGUCGUGUCUACCAAAAUGAACCGGACGAUUGUUAUUCGACGGGAUUACCUUCAUUAUAUCCCUAAAUACAAUCGUUACGAGAAGAGGCACAAAAAUCUUGCAGCCCACGUUUCUCCAGCGUUCCGUGUGGAGCUCGGUGACAUGGUCACCGUUGGGCAAUGCCGUCCCUUAUCAAAGACUGUACGGUUCAACGUUCUUCGUGUCAUGAAGAGUAAAGCUGCGACGAAGACUUUUGGCAAGUUCUGA